GAGUUCGUCAUGAUCGUGGUGUUCGGCAUGGAGUACGUGGUGCGCGUGUGGGCGGCCGGCUGCUGCUGCCGCUACCGCGGCUGGAGGGGCCGCAUCCGCUUCGCCAGGAAGCCCUUCUGCGUCAUCGACUUCAUCGUCUUCGUGGCCUCGGUGGCCGUCAUCGCGGCGGGCACGCAGGGCAACAUCCUGGCCACGUCGGCGCUGCGCAGCAUGCGCUUCCUGCAGAUCCUGCGCAUGGUGCGCAUGGACCGCCGCGGCGGCACCUGGAAGCUGCUCGGCUCCGUGGUCUAUGCGCACAGCAAGGAGCUCAUCACAGCCUGGUACAUCGGCUUCCUCGUCCUCAUCUUCGCCUCCUUCCUCGUCUACCUGGCCGAGAAGGACGCCAACGCGCAGUUCGCCACCUACGCCGAUUCGCUGUGGUGGGGCACGAUCACCCUCACCACCAUCGGCUACGGGGACAAGACGCCGGAGACGUGGCUGGGCCGCAUGCUGGCGGCCACCUUCGCGCUGCUGGGCAUCUCCUUCUUCGCGCUGCCCGCCGGCAUCCUGGGCUCCGGCUUCGCCCUCAAGGUGCAGGAGCAGCAUCGGCAGAAGCACUUUGAGAAGAGGCGGACGCCGGCGGCCAAUCUCAUCCAGGCCGCCUGGCGCCUCUACUCCACGGACGCGGCCCGCGGGUACCUGACGGCCACGUGGUGCUACUACGACAGCCUGCUGCCCUCCUUCAGAGAGCUGGUCCUAAUCUUUGAGCAUUUGCACCGAGCCCGCAACGGAGGAAUUAGGAAUUCAGAGGUGAAAAAAUGGCCGGACGGAGCCCCACCGCCUUAUCCGUCCUUCCCCUCCGGCCAGAAAAGCGGCGGCCCCGCGGUUUGGGCCGGGGACAGCACCAAGAUGGGCAUCAAGGAGCGCAUGGGCCUGGCGGCGCCGGCGCGGCAGGGCAGCCGGGGCCGGCAGCCGCUGGGGCUGCCCCUGCACCGCUCGCCCAGCGCCGAGGACGUCGCCGCGGCCGCCAGCCCCGGCAAGGCGCGCAAGAGCUGGAGCUUCGGCGAGCGCGGCCGCCUGCGCGCCUCGCUGCGCCUCAAGGCCCGCGCGCCGCCCGACGCCGACGGCCCCGCCGAGGACGGCGGCGAGGACAGGGGCUCCCAGGGCGAGCUGGGUGCCGAGGACAUCAUGCCGGCGGUGAAGGGCCUCGUCCGGGCCAUCAGGAUCCUCAAGUUCCUGGUGGCCAAGAGGAAGUUCAAGGAGACCUUGAGGCCCUACGACGUCAAGGACGUCAUCGAGCAGUACUCGGCCGGCCACCUGGACAUGCUGGGCAGGAUCAAGAGCCUGCAGACGCGGGUGGAGCAGAUCGUGGGCAGGGGGGCCGUCCCCGCGGACAAGAAGGUGCGGGAGAAAGUGGAGAAGCCGCCGCCGGAGCCGGAGGACGAGCCCAGCAUGAUGGGCAGGGUGGUCAAGGUGGAGCGGCAGGUUCAGUCCAUCGAGCACAAGCUGGACUUGCUGCUGGGGCUCUACUCGCGGUGCCUGCGCAAGGGCUCCAGCAUCUCCUUCAGCCUGGGCGCCGUGCGGCCGCCCUGCGCCGAGCCCGACGUCACCUCCGACUACCACAGCCCCGUGGAGCACGAGGACAUCUCCGUCUCCGCGCAGACCCUCAACAUCUCCCGCUCGGCCAGCGCCAACAUGGACUGA